GACUUAAACAACGCUCGUGCAUUGAACUGCCCAGACAGUAUUGAAUUGAAAGUCUAGCCGCCAAUAUGUACUAUUACAGUGUAUUACUUCUACUUCUGGUUGUAGUCAACGUCGCUUGGGCAGCUCCAUCCAUACGGACGGAAACCGAUCCGGAGCUGACAGCUGGAUAUAUUGAGGGUGAUAUGGUGCCCAGUGGAUCCUCGAGAAAUAUUUGGCGCAACGAAACCUAUAGAUGGCCCAAUCGCAUUAUUUAUUAUCAUAUUAAUAGCUAUAUUGAUGAAGAACAUCGUAACCACAUCGUGAGCGCUAUUCAGAAAAUCGAAUCCAUUUCGUGCCUGACCUUCAAAGAGGCCACCACUGAUCAGAAGUAUUAUGUAAAUGUGACCUCCGAGGAGGGCGGUUGUUACUCCUACAUCGGUUAUCUGAACCGAGUUCAACAACUGAAUCUCCAGAAUAAUGAAAUAGGCGUCGGUUGUUUCCGUUUGUAUACGAUUGUACAUGAGUUCCUGCACGCUCUUGGAUUUUUCCAUCAGCAGAGUGCCGCCGAUCGGGAUGAUUAUGUGCAAAUUGUGGAGGAAAAUAUCACCGAAGGCAUGGAGUUUAACUUUGAUAAAUAUACCGAGGAAACCGUCAACGAUUUUGGUGAGAAAUACGACUAUGGCAGCGUAAUGCACUAUGGUCCCUAUGCAUUUUCCAAGAACGGCGAAAGGACAAUUGUGGCUUUGGAGGAAGGAAAGGAGGAUGUAAUUGGCCAAAGGCUGGAGCUUAGUGAAACCGAUAUCAGAAAGCUGAAUGCCAUGUACAAAUGCCCCACCGUCAAAGAAUGAGUUUUUUUUUUAUCAUAUCUCCGUUCGGAAAUUUCUGCAGGCUUUUGCAACGUAAUGAUGAUAAAUUUCAUUCUAUUAUUGUCACCUUUACUCGCGAUAUAUAAAUAUAAAUAUAAUCUCUUUUUUGUGUUGACAAAUGCAAUUAGGAGAAUGCUCGUCGCUGUCAUUUGCUUCCGGAUUAAUUUUGACACUGAUUUUCUUUAUUUCGGGGUGGGAAGGCGUUGUAAUUUUGAUUGAGUCUUGGGGUGUUGCAAGAUGAAAUUGCGCAAAGGUAGGGAACAUGGUUGGUUAGCCUUUGUUAUGUGGGA